UUCAAUGACGUAGCGGUAUCGAGCAGAUUUGUGAGGCACUGAUCAGCCAAAGAAUGGGCAUUUUCAGAUGUAAUAUUCUUCAUACCUCAAUGUCAGCCAUUAUAUUCAUCUUAUCGUGUCUAUUAGGUCUGUGUUUGGGCUCCGAGCUGAGUUUUGUGACAUGUGGAUCAGUUAUUAAGCUGUUAAACAUAAAGCAUAACGUGAGACUCCAUUCACACGACGUACGCUACGGCUCCGGUAGUGGGCAGCAGUCUGUUACCGGGGUUACAGCGGUGGAGGACAGUAACAGUUACUGGAGUAUUCGUGGGACGAGGGACGCUGUGUGCCAUCGUGGAACUCCGGUCAAAUGUGGCCAAACCAUUCGCCUCACUCACGUCAACACGGGACGCAACCUCCACAGCCAUUACUUUGCCUCUCCUCUCUCCUCCAAUCAGGAGGUGAGUGCGUUCGGCGAGGAGGGUGAGGGGGACCACCUGGAUGAGUGGACCGUGCAGUGUGGCGGCAGCGUGUGGGGUAGAGAGGAAGCGGUCCGCUUCAGGCACAGAGCCACAGAUGCCCUGCUCUCCGUGACCGGCGAGCAGUAUGGGAGACCCAUCCAGGGACAGAGGGAGGUGCAUGCCAUGUCCAGCCCCAGCCAGCACAGUCUGUGGAAGGCCAUGGAGGGAGUCUUCAUGAAGCCCAGUGACAGUGCAGCGUUCAGGGGGGAGCACAUCCACACUGAGUUUUAGUGGAUGUUUAACACUGUCCCAACCUAUUACUGUCAUUGUCUGCCCCCAAUGGUCUGCUCUGUCCAGUUUUAUUACAACUACACCAGCAGCCUUCAGUUGUGCCUCCUUACCCUCAUGCUCAACCCUUUGUAUGUUUUUUUUUUUUUUUUUUUUUUUUUUUAAAACAAGCCACUGUAAAAAAGUCACUGUAUUAAAGAUGGACUAUGUAACUUCUCUGGUGGGUCAGCCAACUACUUGUUGCCAUAGAGUUGUUAUCGCUUUGCCAGAAAAAAGUUACAUAAUAUAAAUUUAAGGUACAAAUAGUGUACAGUUCACUAAGCAAUUAUAGCUGAAGUUAUGAUUGUUUCAGACUUUACAAACUUAAGUCCUUCAGGUUUGCGACUAUCACAAAUUCUAAGUUGUAGCUUCUUCAUGUAAUUUGAUUUCACUGUUAAAAUAAAAUGCUUUAGCCAUUUCAUUUUCAAAUUCAACCAAAUGAUUAUUUUUUUCUUAUUUGUACACCUAUCCUCUGAGGAGAAAGUGCCAAAAUGUACAAUCUCAAAAGAAAUGCUGUCAGCUAUUCAGGUUUCCACCAUCAACAUGUUGGUAAUUGUAUUGGAAAAGAGAGUCAGAGCUCAUUGUAAGGCAUAUAGUGGAGUUAUCCCUUUACUUUUCAGGGUAUUUGACAGUAUUUAUACAGUAUGCCACAUCUGGACUAACACUAUGACCAAUACACCAGGUUAUCUCCAAUUGUUCACUGAUUCAGAGCGUCUUCUUACGAUUCUUGUUGUGUGUUGUGUUUUUGUCUAACGAUUGCUUCAGUAUUCAUGUGGAGAGAAGGUUGGCUCAAAUGUAUUCCACUCUACCACUUUUUAUUUUGUUGUUUUCAGCCAGACAGCAAAUAAGCAGCCUAGCAUAUCAGUAUUUUUCAUAGGACAUAGCACAUCAAGAUUUUUGUUCACUACAGAAUUUGUUUAAACAAUAUGUUGGACAACAGUGUUUUACAUUAAUGCUGUUUGUGUUGCAAGUUUUAUAUGAACAACCGACAUAAAAGAAAUACCUCGAAUUAAAGUGAUUUUUAUGCAUACGAACAA